AUGAUUAAUGAGACAUUAGCAAAACAAAAAUCUGAUUCUGAUACUGAGAUAGAAAAAUUAAGAAAGGAAGUUCAAUCCCAAAAAGCACAGAAAACUCAGGUACUAGUUGAACUGGUUAAACAACCAAAAGGUCCCCCAUUAAAUUUAAAAACAGAAAAAGAUUAUGAAAAUUAUUAUUUAGCGAAAUUUUUUAACGAUUUAGAUAUAUAUUAUUUAGAUUCAAAUUAUCCUGAAAAAUCUUUUCAAAGAUCUCAUCCACAGCAAAAAGAUAACUCUAAAUUAGAGGAGAAAGUAGAUGAAAUUGGAAAUAUGUUAUCUCGUCUUAAUAUAGACAAUCAAACCCAAAAACCAAUAGCCAAAUCAAAUCGAACACAACGAUAUUAUCUCUUUCAACCAAUAAAUUAUAGCGUUUCAGCUAAUAAAGAAAAUAAUGGAUAUGAUGAAGAAAAAGAUAUAUGGUAUGAUUUAUUGGGAAAAAAAUGGAUAUUACCAGUAAAUAAGUUAUCUUCAGAAGAGUUGAAGACUCAAUACUUCGCAUUACCCAACCAGCCAAAAACAUAUAAUAAAUUAUUUUCAAAGCUUUCACUGGUAAUGCGAAAAAUGUACCAGUCUCAUACAGUUCAGAAGAAAGAAUCAGAUGAAUGA